AAUGCCCCGCACAGCCACCUCCUCCACGCCCGCGACUCCAAAUAUGUCCCCGGCAGCGGCACCGUCGAGGCGCACAAGAUCAACAUGAAGGGCCUGAUGGCGCUCUUCGCGAUCAUCGGCGCGGCCUUCGUGCUGGCGGCGAUCUGGUUCUUCUUCUGGGCCAAGAACGGCGGGUUCGUGUGGCGCAAGGGCGACUGGGAGGAGUACAAGUCGACCGUGCUGCGCCGCAAGGGGCCGGACGGGCGCACGCUCAGCAACGCGACCAAGAGCACCAAGCUCGGCGGCGGCAGCAUCGUGCACAAGGGCUACAGCGACGACGGGUACACGUACACGGAGACCGCGACCACCAUCACCGAGAAGACGGGCGCCCCCGGCGGCAGCGCCGAGCGCAAGCGGCGGCGCAGGCUGCGCGAGAAGUUCCGGCGCCGCCGCAAGGACGACGAGAUGACCGCCAACUGGGAGAACGAGGUCGACGAGGACGUCGCCGCGUACCGCAAGGAGAAGCCCGCGCGCGUCGGCGGCAUGAACCGCGAGGGCGACGGGACCACCUACUACGACGGCAGUGACUACGAUCUGUCCAACCCGCCGAGUUACUGGCAGGACCGCGAGCAGAGCGAGGUCAGCCAGGUGCGGGAUUACGCGUACGAUCCCGUGGUCGAGCGACGGCAGAGCAAGCGGCGAGACUUUUCAUUUGUGGCCGGUAGUGAGGAGUUGCUGAGCCAGGCGGACGAUCAUCAUCACCAUCGCACGAUCCGCGAGCCAUCGACCAGAAGACAUAAUCGACGACGCGAGCGCAGGAGACACGCCCCGACGGACAGUGGUGGUGGCGGUGCUGGCAGUACCAGUAGCCCGUCCCGCUCGUCCCGGCAGAGUAGUCCCCGCAAGCGUCCGUCGGUGACGGGCCACUACACCGAGCCGCUGGAUUUCUCCUCCGCGGCCUCACGCUCCGAGUAUCAGUACUCCAACGUCGACACCGAGGACUCGGGCACCAAGAGCUACCACCAUCCGAUUCCCGGGUUGAGCAAAGGCUACCGCCGGGAAGGGGGUCGGGGCCGUCGUCGCGACAGUCUGAGCGAGAGUGAU